AUCUUUUUCAGAUUCAGACCUUCUUCAAUGCCAAAGCCAAACUCCACUGUGACUGAGUUCCUUUUUGAAGGUUUCUCCAGCUUUGGAAGGCAGCACAGGCUAGUCCUCUUUAUUGUCUUUCUAACUUUGUACCUGCUAACACUCUCUGGUAAUGUCAUCAUUGUGACCAUCAUCUGCCUAGACCGUCACCUCCACACCCCCAUGUACUUCUUCCUGAGCUUGUUGUCCAUCUCAGAGACCUGCUACACUAUGGCCAUCAUUCCCUGCAUGCUGUCUGGCCUCCUGAGUCCUCACCAGCCCAUUGUUAUCCAGGGCUGUGCUGCCCAACUCUUUUUCUAUCUCAUCUUUGGCAUCAACAACUGUUUCCUGCUCACAGCCAUGGGGUAUGACCGCUAUGUGGCUAUCUGCAACCCUCUGAGGUACUCAGUUAUCAUGGGUAAGAGGGCCUGUGUCCAGCUGGCAUCUGGAUCACUGGGAAUUGGCCUGGGCAUGGCCAUUGUCCAAGUAACAUCUGUGUUUGGCCUUCCCGUCUGUGAUGACUUUGUCAUCUCCCACUUCUUCUGUGAUGUGCGACCCCUGCUGAAGUUGGCCUGUGCAGACACAAUGGUCAAUGAGAUUAUCAACUUUGUUGUCAGUGUCUGUGUUCUCGUCCUGCCCAUGGGCUUAGUCUUCAUCUCCUAUACCCUCAUCAUCACCACCAUCCUUAAGAUUGCUUCAGCCGAUGGUAGGAAGAAGGCCUUUGCUACCUGUGCUUCCCAUAUUACAGUGGUCAUCAUCCACUAUGGCUGUGCCUCCAUCAUCUACCUGAAGCCCAAGUCCCAGAGUCCCCUGGGGCAGGACAGACUCAUCUCAGUGACCUACACUGUCAUCACUCCUCUGCUGAACCCUGUCGUGUACAGCCUGAGGAACAAGGACGUCAAAGAUGCUCUGUACCGAGCCACAGGUAGAAGGCCAUGCUCCCCUUAG